AUGGGAAUGAGUCUAGCUAUAGGCUGCAAUUUCAAGACACCUCCCCGAAUACACCUGAUGAGUGGCACAACCACGGGAGUAAUGUGUCAAGUAGAAUAAAACAGACAGUAGCCUAGACACGGCUGACCUUACACAAACAAAGCAAAUUGUCGACAGGCUACGGAACGUGAAAAAACAGAAGAGGGAUCAGCAUACUUGCACUCAAAAACUCACUGUCGUGACACGCAACUAGCCUACGUCGCUGAAGUUUCAUCUCCGGAGGAAAGAAGGAAGAUAGCUGAAAAACCAACAGCUCACCUGGAUACCGUCACUGUAACCUAGCCUACUUGACACAAGGUUCGAAAUGCGUUCACACAGCGAUGACUGACGGAAGGUUAAACCAAGUAAUCUGCAGGCAACGAAAUUGUGUAGACUGACUUCGAAGACACGUCAAACUCAGGGUGCCACCGUGUCCAGGGAGAUGGAUGAUCGGGAUACCGGAACUCUGAAGAGACUAAGCAAUGUAUUCUCCACCCUCAAUGCAAAACUUCACAAAGACCGAGGAGAGAGGGCUCCUCCUGGUCCAAACUCAGGUCCCCAGGCACCAGAAUCUUCCCGCACCCAGGACCAGAGCAAUGCCAGCGGGCACUUCUUCUUCGAGUACCUGGUGGUGGUCAGCCUCAAGAAGAGGAGGGACCAGGAGGGCUACGAACCACAGAUAACUUACCAGUUCCCUAAGCGUGAUGCAAUGGGUCAGUGGCAGAAAGAAGAUGAGGAGAAGUCUUUGAAGGCCAUCCCUCUCUUUUGCUUUCCUGAGGGUGGGAAUUGGGCCCCCCUGACUGAGUACACCAGUGAAACUUUCUCUUUCGUUUUGACUGAAAUUGAUGGUAGCAGGCGGAAUGGCUAUUGCAGAAGAUUACUGCCGACUGGCAGAGGAGCACGCCCGCCAGAGGCCUACUGCAUCAUCAGUCGUGUUGCUUGCUUCGGCCUCUUCUCAAAGAUAUUCGAUGAGGUGGAGAAACGCAGGCAGAAGUCCAUGGCCAUGAUCUACCCCUUCAUGCAGAGCCUGAGGGAAGCACCUUUUCCUGCCCCCGGCAACACAGUGAAGAUCAAGAGCUUCAUUCCCGAAUCUGGCACUGAGAUCAUCAGUCUUACACGACCCAUGGACUCAUGGCUAGAGCAUGUGGACUUCCGGACACUCUUCCGCUGCCUUAGGGAUGAGGAGGUGCUUCAGGUGUUUGCUGCCACAGCGCUGGAGCGCCGCAUUAUCUUCCUUGCUGAUGAGCUCAGCACCCUGUCCCAGGUCAUCCAUGCAGUAGCUGCCUUACUCUACCCAUUCACAUGGCAGCACACUUUCAUCUCCAUUGUGCCUGAGGUUCUCAUUGACGUUGUCAUGGCGCCCACUCCAUAUUUGCUGGGUGUCACACGCAACAUGCUGGACUUGGUCGAGGACCACAGUGAUCUGCUUAUCGUUGAUCUGUCAGAGGGUGCAGAGGAGAGGUUCAUCAUGCGGCUAGGGGAUGAGGACACUAUAAUUCCAGCCAAACUGCAGGAGGAAUUACUGCAAGAACUCAGUGCCAUACAACCAAACUCAACUGCCGAGGAGUUGAACAGGGUUAUCUCUGAGGCUUUCCUGUCUUUCUUUGUGAAGACGGUCGGACACUUUGGGAGCCAUGUGAAGCGUGGAGGCAGUGGAGGGCAGCCCGGCGUCUUCAACAGAAAGAGCUUCUGCAAGGCCACAGAGCAUAAGGCCAAUCGCCAUUUUGUUAAGCAUUUUGUGGAGACACAAAUGUUUGACAUCUUCAUACAGGAGGUGGAAAAGCAUCCCAAUCGGGAAGGUUUCUUUCAUAAAAAAGUUGCUGAAUAUGAACAGAAAAAGAAAACCGAGAAGGCCAAAGGUGGAUGGGGACGUGUGGGAUUUGUGUAAGGCUGGACAUCAUGAGCAGAGCACUGUGGAUCACCGCUUUAUUUUGAAUUCCACCUUCUCAGUACACAUUAUGAGCUUGGCUUUAAGUGUGACUUUUUCUCUUCUAACCAAACUCCUGUUUUUAGAAGAUGGUGAGAGUCAGCUGAAAGUGUUUAGUGUUUUAUUAUUCCUUAGGUGUAAAACACAGUGUGUUUUAAAAACAACUCGGCUGCUGUCACUGGUUAACCUCAGCAACCUGGUAUGAAUGCGCAUUCCUUUCCUGGUUUAACAUUUGCAGUUGGGUUCUUUUCAUGAACAAUUCUUAACUGGAAAUCUGUAGCUUUAAGGAUGUGUAGCCUCAAUGGAAUCAGGGACAUUCAGGAAACAGAGUUUCUUACUAAAGCACUGUUUUCAUAAAGACUUAAUGUUCUGGGUAUUAAGUUCAUGUUUUUUAUUUUAUUUGAGAUGUUCUUUCCCUUUCUUCCCUAGUCUAUAGCAGACUUAAGAUGAUAUACUAUUACUCCACUGUGUCAAAGUGAGAAGGCUAUAACUGCUUGGAAGGGUAUUUAGUUGGAUGAUAUGUAUAAUGUUCAUAUUUAUUGCACUUCUAUUGUUAAAAAAUUGUUAUCUGCUAAAUGAGAAUAUAAGGUGCUUGUUCGUUCGAGCAUUUUUCAUUUAGUAUUUCAACUAUCAACUAUGUAAAUGUAUGCACACACCUUGUGAAGAUGGUGUAUUUGUGUUACACAUAAAAAAGCACUUUGUUUUAGUUUUGUGAAUAAAAUAUGACUUAAAA